ACAUAAAUUGCACUGGGUAAUUGGGUGUAAAUACCAGUUUGCCCCUGUCCCUUAGAGGGCGCUGUGCCGCAUGUAGAUGAAGGCAGAGCAACUUAGAAGAAAACUUCAUGGCUGCAUCUUUCUUCUUUGCAGUAGUUGAUGAAGUUUCCACGAGGGAUAAAAAGCUAAAGAUUUAACAACAUUUUGACAUUUAACUAUUUAUUUUCGAAUUAAUCCUUUGUUUUAUUUAUUUAAGAAGAAGUUUUCGUUGAAUUACCACUCAAAUGUUUUAACCAUUUGAUCUCCGAUUGGUUUUUUUGUUGUGCAUCUUCUGCCACUAUUGAGAGAGAGAGAGAGAGAUACGGCGAGCCUGUGACCUUCCUAAGGGCUGUGACUGGCGUGUGUGUGACAACCUGCAAGCUUGUGACCUGGACGCAUCCUGUUUACAUUCCCUUGGAUUACAGAUAAGGAUUAAGAUACACAUCACUCACAUACUACCUGGGUAGUGAUUCAAAAGGCCUUCUUGUUUUUUCAUUUUUCUUUAUUUAUUGAUCUAUACAGAGUACGUACGAGGAUCCAUAUUUUUUUCUACUUUCCUUCCCAUCCUUUGUGGAUUUGAAAGACACUUAUUGCACUUUGAACUUUGAGUUUGAACAUAAAGGCAUGGCAGCCAUAAGGAAAAAGCUGGUGAUCGUGGGAGAUGGAGCAUGUGGAAAGACAUGUCUUCUUAUAGUGUUUAGUAAAGACCAGUUCCCUGAGGUAUACGUCCCUACAGUUUUCGAGAACUACAUUGCUGACAUUGAGGUGGAUGUCAAACAGGUGGAGUUGGCACUGUGGGACACAGCUGGGCAGGAAGACUACGAUCGCUUAAGACCCCUCUCCUACCCAGACACGGACGUCAUCCUCAUGUGCUUCUCAAUCGACAGUCCAGACAGUUUAGAGAAUAUUCCAGAAAAGUGGACACCAGAGGUGAAACACUUCUGCCCGAACGUUCCCAUCAUAUUGGUGGGCAAUAAGAAGGACCUGCGCAAUGAUGAGCACACGCGGAGAGAGCUGGCUAAGAUGAAACAGGAGCCUGUAAAACCAGAGGAGGGUCGGGACAUGGCUAACCGUAUCAGUGCUUUUGGCUUUCUGGAGUGUUCAGCCAAGACCAAGGAUGGCGUAAGGGAAGUGUUUGAAAUGGCUACCAGGGCAGCACUUCAGGUCCGGAAGAGGAAAAAGACGAGUGGUUGCUUGAUCUUGUGAGAGAUGUCUGGAGGCCUGGAGAAGAAUGUGUGGCAUUCAAGUGACAAGAAGUCCACCUGAUUUAUAAUAAGAUGACAUUUAUGUUCUGCACUGUACUGUAUGUCUAUAUGCUAUGUGCAUCAAAAGGACAAAGACGGGCAGCAAUGUAGAUUUAUACAAGGGAUGCCUUGAUGUAGUAGUUACCUGUAACACACAAUUGUGUUACAAAUUGCGAUUUGUGUAUCUUUAUUUCCUGCCAUGAUCAUAGACUUUAUAUCUAGAUGUAACUUCUUACUAACCAUAUAUUAUUAAUAUAAAGUUAUUAAUUAACAAAGUUUUGUUUUAUCUAAAGUGGAAUGUAUUUUGCACAGCAUUUAUUGGACCUCCUUCACUUUUUUUCUCUGCUGAUUAACUUUAUGAAAUUCGCAGUGGCCUUGUUUAUGGCGUUGGGGAUGGUGCCAUUACAGCAGGUGACAAUAGUAAAACCCAGUCAGAUUCAGAAUUGGCUGGUAUAACAGCACCAGUGUUGAGAGUAAAUUUACAGCUGGUGCAUUUGUUCUGUUAACACCGAAAUGCAGUGCAGAUUCGGUCAGGCCCCGAUUGUACUGUAUUCUACUUCAGGUGGGUCCUCAUUGUCUUUUUGUCUGAAAUGGUAUUUUAGGAACGUAUGCCUUUAUUAUGUGACAACCGGUGCUCAGGUGGCACAGCUGUAAAAUACCCUAGUCUGCUAUCAGCUAGUCUGGCGUCUACGCAUCUACACAUUCGUAAUUGGCUGUGUUUACGCUCAAGGCCCUGCAAUGAAUUGGCGUCAUGCCCGGGGUGUUUUUUUGGGGGGAGGUGGCUGAACAGCCUAGUCUUCAGGGGCUGCGCUUAUCAGUCCCAAGUCCAGAUAAAAUGAAGAGGUUGCGUCAGGACGGGGAUUCUGUGUAAAAAAACUACCAAAUCUACUAUAAUCUGCUGUGGAAACACCUAAACAUGGGAUCAACCAGAAAAAAUCCUUAUGUGAUGAACUGUCAUAUUGUGUGAAGCACAUGAUUUGAGAACAAUUAACUUCAAUUUCAGUGUUGUUUUACCUUAUUUCAUUCAAUAUUUAAAAAAUAAAUAAAUAAGAUUGGACAAGUGUAUUUUCAGCACCCAUGAGGAAAAUGAUGUGUGUUGCUAAUCCUUUGCAUGAAUAUUUAUGGGCGGGUAUUGCUUUUUUGUUUUACUUUCUGUUUGGCUAAAACUAUUAAGUAUAAGGAAUACAAACCAUUUCAGUUUACGAUUUGAUUGAGCUUGAUUAAUUUUCACCCCUUAGGUGAAUAUGACUUUACCCUAUUAACAGGGAACAAACACUGACUCACUCUUUAUCGCUUAUCCAAUCAGGGUCGUGGGGGGGAGCUGGAGCCUAUCCCAGCUUUUCAAUGGGCGCAAGGCACACAGUAACACCCUGGGCAGGGUGCCAAUCCAUCGCAGGGCAGACACAUACACCCAUUCACCUAUAGGGCAAUUCAGUGUCUCCAAUUAACCUGACUGCAUGUUUUUGGACUGUGGGAGGAAAUCGAAGCUCCUGGAGGAAACCCACGCAGACACGGGAAGAACAUGCAAACUCCACACAGAAAGGACCCGGACCGUCCCACCUGGGGAUUGAACCCAGGACCUUCUUGCUGUGAGGCGACAGUACUACCCACUGAGCCACCGUUUUUCAAUGGCCGUUUUUCAAACCCAAAGUACGUAGCAAACGCAAAUUGUGUGGGACAUCUAAUAUGUUCUGUUAUGUUAAAUAUGUGAAAUUUAGCAAUUCAAUAUAAAUUGGUAAUGAACUGUGCAGGUAAAAAUUGGUGUCUACACUUCACACACUGUAUGAGCAUCAAACUGGUCCAAAAUGUUGAACUUGUAACAGAACCAUUUGAAUUUGAUCCACUGACAUUUUUAUGCUGAGCCUCCACAUAAAUCUAACCCAAACUGUAUGGCUAGUACCACACCUUUGACCCUGUCAUAACUUACCUGCUGUAAGCCUAGCCAACAGGAAUGAGUUCAAGAUUAGUGUCAGACUGGCUGUCACUGACCUUUACUAUUGGAAUUAAAUUUUAAAGAUGACAUGCGAUUAUAAAUGCAAUAUGGUCUAUUAUGCUGGUCAAGCAUCUACACAGACAUGACUGGCUUUGGGUGCUGAGGUUGCUGACCCUUGUGAUGGAUUGACGCCCUGUGUCCUGGAAAUUCCAGUGUUUCCCGGUGAAGGUAUCACAAAAUUAGAACCACAAUUUAAUUCCUGUUCUUCUAUGUUGUCGAUUGUGCAAAAAUGAGAUAAUAAUGAUAAUUAAAAAUGUAGCUUUUAAAAUUAGACACAGUAUCUACAGUUUAUUACUGAUCUCUUCUGGAGGAAUAUGCCCACAUACAUGUACUGCACUCUACUUUUACCAUGUUAAUAAAAUGCUAAUAUCUCCACCCA